CAUUCUUUCAUAAUCCUAUAGACAUCAUACUUAGACUCGAUCUGCCAAUGCGAUAGACAUCUGUUUUCGUCAAUUACUUCUCAUCAAACAUGGAUGUCCAAUUAUACGUCUAUGAUCUCUCGCAGGGAUUGGCCAGACAGUAUUCCAUGGCCCUGACGGGCGUACAGAUAGACGCCAUAUAUCAUACAGCAAUCGUCCUCAACGAUGUGGAAUAUUUCUUUGGCCAGGGUAUACAUAGAAAAGUCCCUGGAUCAACCCACCACGGCCGCCCCAUGAAGAUCAUCCCUUUGGGUCAGACAGAUCUGCCACUCGACGUGAUCGAGGAGUACAUCGAAUCUCUCGAAGACAUCUACACUCCAGAAUCUUAUGACUUGUUUGUCCACAAUUGCAACAACUUUAGUCAAGAUCUGGCCAUGUUUCUCGUCGGCAAGAGUAUCCCUGACGAGAUCCGAAGUCUUCCAGAGACGUUCCUCAGAACACCCAUCGGCCAGAUGCUCCGUGGCCAGAUAGACCAGUCUAUGCGCACAAUGACUCAAGCACCUGACGCGGUGUCGGGAAGAAAUGCUUCUUCAAGGACUCCUACUACGACGACGACGACACCAACAUCAAAGCUGGCCAACGGUACUACGAUCCCUCCUAGACCUGUGAGUAAUGGGGUCGUGCACAAAGCCCACACGCCGGCCAUCAUCAACGCCCAACAAGCAACAGAUGAACCUGGUCAUGUCCAUUAUGUUUCCUCCAUCUCCGAACUCGACGCUCUCCUCUCUUCAGCUCGUCACUCAUGCGCAGUGAUAUUCUUCACAUCCGCAACAUGCCCACCUUGCAAAAUCGUCUACCCGACCUACGACGAGCUUGCUGCCGAAGCCGGCACGCGAAGCGGCGCCAAACUCAUCAAGAUCGACAUAUCGGCCUCGCACUCCGCUCACGCCAUCGCACAGCGUUACUCCGUCCGUGCGACACCGACUUUCAUCACGUUCCUCAAAGGCCAGAAACAAGAUGAAUGGGCCGGGGCCAACUCGGCACAAUUACGCGGCAAUGUUCGCCUCCUGCUUCAGAUGGCACGACCCAAACAACACCAGCACGCGACUUUGAAACUACCUUCUUUUCAACGCUUCAUCAAGAAGCCCAUACUAUACUCCCGUGCACCACCGCUCGAUAAACUCCUGGCCAAGAUCGGACCGAAGUUUUCGUCGGGCCAAUCCGUCCAGGACCUCGUCUCGUACAUCCGCACGAGAGACGAAAAGGGCAUGACGGAGGCACCUCUCCCCAAUCUACACGCAUUUAGUGAUUACCUCACAACGUCAUACGCGUCGCUUCCCACCGAGACACACUUCGCUGUCAUUGACCUUGUUCGUUGUGCGGCCGUCGAUUCUCGAGUGUCGAGUUUUCUCUCGACAGAACAUGGUCACAAGUUGCUUAGCACGGUGUUGUCUCACGGAGACGAAUUUUCCUCGUCGCCAUAUAAUAUCCAAUCCACGAGUUUACAACUCGCGUGCAACUUGUUCAGUUCGAAUGUCUUUCAAGAACAACUGUUUCACACCCACACUCAAACGCACACAAACGGAGGAGCCACGAAUGGUGAUAAUGGAUUGAAACUUAAAAACAUGAUUGAAUCGCUCGCAUCACAGUGUCUACUGUCACCACACCUCAAUGCCCGAUCCAUGGCGGCGGCACUGGUUUACAAUCUGGUGGCGUACGUGCAUAAUGAGCGUGUGAACCCGGCGGUACACGAAGACGACAAGGGCGACGACAAGAACGGCGGCGAUGGUGAAGGAGAAGAAGCCACGACGGCACCGAGUGACGACCUUUCCGCGGCGUUGUUGGAGAGUAUCAUUUCAUUCGAGGAUGUCGCGUCGGCUUCGAGGUCCGGUGCUGCGAGUACGGGCAACGUCAAAGAAUCAUUCCACGCCCUCCUUUUGGCGUUGGGGAUGCUCCUCUACGGUUGUCCUCCUGAGAAUAUGCUCUGGGAUUUGUGUACGGCCAUGGAUCUACGAGAGACUCUAAAGGGCCUCAAAACUUCCAAGCUGGGCGUCAAGGAUGAACCGUUGUUGAAGGAAGUCGGGGAUGAAUUGCUGGGGAAAGGAGGUUUCUAGAAAAUCCCGAGAGCACAGCAGAGUACUUUUUUGACGAUGUCAUCGAGGUGGGAAAUCUUCAAUUCCGUCAUAUUCAUGAGCCAACCCCCGACCGUUUCUCAUCUUUUGCCAAUACGGUUCGUUAUCUGACGAACCCGGGUUGCCCGAGAAGAUUUUGCUUGAACCUCUCAAACUUCUCGCGGUUUGGCUGAUGACGACCGAGUUUUGUGUAGUCAAUAAACAACACUCUUGACACAGAGACAAAU